UGACCCAAAUUCGUCAUUCCUACGACUCAACAGCUGCAGAAUGAUGCUGAAGAUUGUCGUGCUUGCCGUGCUGGCCUACACGGCUUACUCCAAGCCAGGGGUUCGUAACAAAGAUCUCGAAUUUACAACGGAGGAGCUUUUUCGCUACUUCAGUGUUAAAAGCCACGAAAAAGCCCCGGAAUAUGAGAUUGUGUACCCACAAGUAGUCGAAGCUGAAGGCAAGAGGAGUGUUGGCAAGGGAGCCACUGCCGCCUCAUUCUUAGAACUGGAAGUCGAAGCCUUUGGAGAGACGCUUAACUUCAUCGUAGACCACGACGACAGUAAUUAUGCCCCUGGACUCAAGGUUGAGAUCUACACAGAUGAAGGCAUCCAGAAAGUGCCGCUUCGGACUGACUGCGUCUACACAGGGAAGGUAGCCGGUGAAAAGGACUCUCUUGCAUCCGUAACUGUUUGUUACGGCUUGAUGGCGGUCAUAUUUCGCAACCAUGGCCGUGGUGAGCUUUACAUCGAGCCACUAGAUGACGAACAUGCCGUCAAGCGAGAUGUUGGUCGGGGUCACCCGCACGUUGCCUAUAGGAACAGACCAGUGGAAAGAGGGGCAUUCUGCGAGACAGCAACGCCACCAACUUUGCCGUUAACAUUUGCUGACGAGCCGCCAGAAGCCUUGCCGAUUGACACGAAGGCAACGAAAUAUCUGGAGCUGGCAUUCAUUUCUGAUCAAUUGGCAUUUGUUCGUAAAGGGGCAAGCAUCAGCGCAGUCACCGCGUGCGUUAACGCCCUCUUCAACGCGGUAAAAAAUGUUUUGCAAUUGAGUUCUCUGAGAGGAACUGGGCUGGUUCCCAGGCUGACGUACGUCAAGGUCUUUGGAGCAUUUGAGAAUGGAUUGAAUAUGUAUUCUGAUGGUGACACCUUCCUUGCAAAAUGUGCGAGCUGGCAAGAUGAUAAUAAGAAACCGUCCUCAAGCAGUGAGCAUUGGGACAACGCUGCAUUCUUGACAGGAGUAGACAUUUCAAGUUCGAGGUCUGGUGACGGAUUACUGGGCAUAGCAUACGUUGGGGAAUGUGGCCGGUAUGGUACAUCACUCAGUGAAUUCAUCGGAUUGGAUGCCACUAGUACUACCGCACACGAGAUUGGACACAACUUGGGCAUGUACCAUGAUUCUGAAGGUCCCGAUGGUGGUCCUAAUAACCGCUGCGCAUCAACGGGUUACUUGAUGGCUAAAAACAAAGGUGAUCAUCGCUUAGAUCUCGGCUGGUCGUCAUGUAGCCGGAGCUACUACAAUACCCGUAUCACUCAGACGACAUGCUACAACGAUGCUUGAAUUUUUACCAAGAUGUGAUUCAAAUCGACAAUGCGGGAAUAUGAUCGACAUUGGUUUUUUUUCUUUCGAUUUAAAGUUUUUAAAAUGCAUUAAAAAUAGGUCACUUGAAAGUAUUGUUUUCAUUCGUGAAGGACUGUUUUCAUUGUUCAGCUCUUAUACCAAUACCGAUAACACUCUACACGUAUAGAACCCUGUAUGUAUAAUUAUAUUGGUACAGGAGGACACAAUAGUGUGACAAUCAUGUAAAAUGUGUUAAUUCUGUCUUGAAAGUGUUCGAGUUUAAACGUUUUCUUUUCACAAAACGUGCUAUUCAGUAUUCACAUUAAUCUUUACCCCGGGAUAACAAUAAGGCGUACGACGAAAUUAGUGACUGAAGUUUCAAAAUUAACAAAACGCUUAGCUGCAGACCGCUGUCAGGCAACAAUUAAGACUGUUAAUUAGAAGAUACCACAUUUCUGGCGGAUUUUAACAUUAAAAAGGACUUGAUGAAAACCACCAGAUAUCAUUGUGAAAUUUCCAAAACAGUCUCCCAAAUUGAGCCUCUUCACCUGUAUUGUUCAUCCAGAUUAUGUUUACACUAAUGAUCAGUCAUUAAUUGCAAGUCUUGUACUGUUCCCAAACAAUGUUUUAUGUAAAUAUUUGCUGCGGUUGUAUAAACUUGAUACAGUUUUUGUUUUCAUUUUGAGGUGAAGGGAAUACAUUUGAAUAAAUUUGAUUUGAAGCAUUGAA